AUGUCCGUGAUUUACAAAGAAAACACGCCGGUAUCUCGCAGUGGUCGACGUUGUGUUGCAGGAGGAUGCUCCAAUACUACUAUCAAUGGAGUUUCCAUGCAUACUUUUCCUGCAAAGAGACCUGAUAUUCACCGACAAUGGGUUGCUUUUGUGAGAAGAAAACGCAAAGAUUGGGAGCCGACUCGUCACACAGUGUUGUGCAGUGCCCACUUCGAAGAAGAUUGUUUUCCACUGAAAUUCCGGUUAGGACUGUUGGAAUCAAGUGGGAAGACUGUGAAGAGGAUACUAGAAGAAGAUGCCUUCCCUACUAUUUUCAAUACUGCAACGACACCGACAAUGUCGACACCGACCAUGCCGACACCUCGUUGGAAACGUUCCUCAGGCACCGAGACUGAUUUGACAACACCGAAGACUGUGCAAAGGCCUAGGUCGGCAUUCGUUAAAAGGGACAUCCAACGUUUGAUUAGAGAGUAUGAAGAACGUGAGCCAGAAGAUGCUUCAUGUCCACAGGCACCGACACAUAUUGAAGAAGAUGACCUAAGCUCAAGUAUGGAGGUAAGAUUGUUGCUGGCUGCACUGCACUUCAAUGAGAAUGUUUCGAGAGAACAGGCGUCACUUCAAAAUGGUGAAAAGAGAUACAGAAUCACAUUCCCCAAGCAAAAGAAUUGUGACUACACAGUUCGACAAGUGAGAACAGAGUGCACCUUCAAUUAUGUUACAGAUUUGAUGAAAGCAACCAAGGAACUGGUGAAACUUUUACAGAUUCCCAAUUGCGAGGUUGUUGGAGAAUCGCCACAACCACUAUGUAUGAACUUUGUUCACCCAGAGAAGUCCGAAGCUGUUUCUGGACUGAUGUCCAGGUUUAGGCACUAG